AUGUCGGUUACUCAAAACAUUCAUUGUCCUGGUAUUGAUUACCUUGUUGUGAUUGAUUUCGAAGCAACUUGUGACGAGAACAACACAAUUCCACAAACUAUACUAGUGACAAAGGAAACGGCAGAAAUCAUAGAGUUUGCCUGGGUGAUUGUUGAUACCAGCACUUUGGAAGUGGUGUAUCAACACUCUCAAUAUGUCAAACCAGAAGCUACUCCUUUGACUCCUUUCUGUACCAGUCUAACCAAUAUAACUUGGGAAAAUCUCGAAACCGCGGGUACUUUAAAAGAUGCCAUAACCACUUUGGACGACUACAUUAAAAACUACAUCAUCGCCAACAACAAAACGUUUUGCUUUUGCACUCACGGAGCAUGGGACCUUAGGAUCCAAUUGCCUAGAGAAGCACGGGAUAAGCGUAUUGAAUUACCUCCUUAUCUGGCACAUUGUAGAAUGUUUGAUUUAAAACAGGAGUAUCAAAGAUGGCAAGUGCAUCAUCCAGAUGUGAUAUUAAAAAAUCAUUCUUUAAAUGAAAUGUGCGCUGCCUUUGAAUUACAAAUGGGUGGUCAACCACAUUCUGGAUUAAGAGAUUCACUUACUAUGGUUUCCAUUAUUCGAUACUUUUGCUCUUUCGGACAUCCUGAUGUGUUUGUGAACCCUAUUGACACCAACGCAGAUUUGAACCAAUUUAAAAAAGAGGAAUCUAAAGUGAUUCAUUUGGCGGGUUUACCAUAUGAUGUUACACAACCUGAAUUAGAGGCUUGGUUUUCGGGUCAAGGUGUUAGACCAACAGUAUUAUGGAUGAUUCGAACACCCGAUCAUCAGAAACCAAGCGGUUCCGGGUUUGGAAUCUUUGCAUCACAUGAAGACGCUAUGGCCUGUUUAGAGAUGAAUGGGAGAACUUUAGGAGAUAGAGCUAUAGAAGUGAGUCCAAGUAGUGAAAGAGUUAUUGAAGCAGCUGGAGCAAUAUUAGCAUCAUUUCCGGUAUGUGAAUAUGUUAUUUAUUAUGUUCAGAUGCAUGAACUUUUCAUGCUUUUGCUUGAUGAUGAGGCUUUUAACCAAUUAUACUAA